AGUCACAGAUAUAAGUAGUUUCUGUUCUAUCGUUGCUUAAUGUAAGGUUAAGUCAGCAUUGAUCGUGAAUGGUAAACAGAGGGCUGUUAAAAAUGCAGUUAUCUCAGGGAAAAUUCGAUGUGAAACAGAUCAGACAAUUUUUGGUAAAUGAAAAUAAAUUUAUAAUGGAUCUCCUGACAAGGACGUGCAUUCCUGAUCGCAAAGAUUUUGAAGAUGAUGACGAAAGGGAUGAAAAAUCACGUGUUACUGUAAAUUACAAUCUAAACAAAACGUCUAGGGCCAAAUCUCUUAGUGAAUUACAGCAGAGGUUAGAAGCUAUCAAAAGCAAGAAAAAACUUACAUACAAAGAAAAAUUAACCAAAAAGGGCCUGAAGAAUCGAAUGAAAAAGAAGAACAAUCAAAAUGAACGAAACGCAAAAGAAAAACUGAAGAGAGCAGCAAAACUAACUGAAAAAGCAGAGGUUAAAGUGGAAGAAGCGCAGCCGGAAGAGGAUUCCAAAAAAGUUGCCAAUAAACCAGUAUUCAAUAAAGAAGACAAAAUUGUAUUUUCGAAGUUUGACUUUGAGAAUGUCGGUAAACACAAGAAAACAAAACAGGAAAAAGAUCCCAAAAAGCUUUUAAAAAAAUUGAAAGAAAGGGAUGAGGAAAUACAAAAAUUAAAAGAAAGUGGUGAAGUGGAAAAAGCAGUAGAAAUAAAGGAGAAAACUUCUUGGAAGAAUGCACUAGCCAAAGCAGAAGGGCAGAAAGUCAAAGAUGAUCCAGCUCUGUUGGCAAAAAGUGUUAAGAAACAAGAACAAAAGCAAAGGUCUAGUAAAAAGAAAUGGGAACAGAGGAUACAAAAAGUAGAGAAGGCAAAAGAAGAGAGACAGAAUAAAAGGACAGAAAACAUUCAGAAGAGAAAGAAGGACAAAAAAACAAAAAAGCUAAAAAACGCUUCAAAAAGAGGCAAAAUCAUAGCAGGAUUCUAAAUCAGUGUUAAGAGUACUUUUAAUAUUAAUUUUUAUUUGUAAAUAGAUGUGAACUAAUUGAAAUCAUCUAAACAUUUUCGCAGGAGAUAAUAAAAAUCUUGAAUAAAAAACUGUUAUCGAA